CAGUGCGCAGCAAACUUGGCGUUUGGAGUAACAAAGAUCUAUGAAGUCUGUGGCGGAUCUAUGGAUCUUUCUCUUUUUAGUUAGUAGCGCUCUCGCUCUGUAUAAAAAUUUGUGGAUUUAGUGGUAAAGUGGUGUUUUGUAAUCGUUUGAAAAGUAUAUCUAGAAUUGUGACGAUCCAUAUGAGUGAUAACUGUUCCCGAUUAUCGCGCUAAAAUGGACUUAAACGCAAUAACCGUUAUUGUAUACCUGCGCGGUCUGACAUCGCAAGCGCUGGCCUCCCUCAGGUUUCGAUGACCAUAAGCGUCAGCAGGAAUCAUGAUCGCCAAUUUGCCGCUUCUUUUUGCUAAUGGCAAUCCGACAUCCCUGGCGGCGAUCAAGGUCGCUGAGCUGGAGAAGUUUAUAACAUUCAUGGUGACAUGUUCCUGGGGACAUGAUACAGCGAAAGACAUUCGGCAGCCACCAUGGUGGCCGAAAGAUGUUGCAUUUUCGCACCCCUUUGUGAGACCGAACGAGGUGCCCAAGGACUGGUCUAUGAAGUUGAGGAGUUUAGUGAAAAAAUGCUACGACUACCAUAAAAGCGCCUUCCUAUUAGUUUUUUCUGCGCAACUUUCGCGGUACCCACGCAACAGGCUCAGGUAUGUUGACAAUAAAGACCACACCACUUCACUUUACUUCAGACCUAGUGGCAGACUUCUGGUUACAUUCAGAAAUGAAAAUCUACAUUAUGACAGAUCUUACAAUCCCGUGGGCAUUGAAGAUGAUAUUGCAGAGAGACCUGCAGAUGUAUACUUAUGUGACAACUGUGACAGCCACUUUGAUAGUGCGGAAUUAUUGAGAGCUCAUGAGAGGCUAUGCAACAAUCCUGAAAAUGACCCAGGAGAGGAUAGAGGUCUUCGUGAUUUUCUUUCAGCCCUGAAACUUCAUCGAGUAGGUCAAAUAUUUGAGAAUGUUGCGGUUCCAGGUCCCAGUUCUCGUCCUGAUCCUCCUCCAAAUAUCCCAGUAAGACUUCCUCCAAGAAACAUUAGAAGUAGAGCUAAGCAACUUAGAAAUAAUGCAAACAGAAAUAAUGCAAACGUAGACCGAGGUCCACUGUAUCCAUUUUCAUCACUGGCUUACAGACGGAGUGCUACAACAAGUUGCCAGAGGGAUGGAAGGGAUUUGAGCUUUUCAAGAGAAAGGGUAGAAAGAUAUUGUUGCACUACAACACCUUUUAGUAAAAAUUACAAUGUUAAGAUAAAAAAUCAACGAUUUCCUGUGAGAUACCGAAGACCGUUGAGCUAUUGGAAUAGAAAAUAUGUUUUUCCCGAUCAGCGAAAUAAAGGAAUACUCGAUAUUAAAGGUCAACUGCUCUUCUUGAAAUGUAAACCAUUUUCGAUUAAAUUAAUAAAAAUGUCAGAAAAAUGCAUACAGGAGUAUCUUGACAACUUGAGAAAAGAAAGAGAGAGUAAGCAACAGACCUUGGAAGAUAAGGACAUUGUAUUUGUGGAUGGACUAGACUGUGAUCAGCCAGCUGAUUCGGAAGUGACGAUGGACCCCUUGAAGCGAUUGGACAAUGUUUGUGAAGUGAUUGACUUGUGUUCAGACGAUGAGACUACUAGUGUAAAUGAGAACUGUGAUCCUCGUGCAGGGGUGACUUGUGUGAUGCGCGGUGGGGCUGUGCUGCGGCGUACCGCAGCGACCCCACAGGCCCUGCCCGCCGAGCCAUGUGGCGCUCGUCAGCGCCCUCUACCCGCCGCCGUACUGCAACCACAUCCCGUUAUUCUCAUUGCGCAUACACACGCUCUGAACAAUUUACAAACUAUCUCCAUAGAUUGAAUUUCCAUGUAAUAAUAUUUAUCUUUAGAAAAUUUGCUAAUUAUUAUUUAUUAUUCUUCAUGAUUAAACUAAAUAUCAAUAUCAAAGAAAUUUCAUUUCGUGUCACUAUUGUCACUUUCAUCGCCGCCAUUUUGUGGAGUCUAUGUUGUUGUGCGGACAAAAUGGCGGACGAAUAACAGCCAAUGACAACUUGAUAAAAAUACGUAAACAACAUCUUAUCAAGUGUAUAGUGUAAAAUCAUGGAAUAUUUAGAAAAAUAUUGUUAGUAUAAAUGUUGUCAAUAUUUUAUAACACCAUUUUGGUCCACAUGCGUUUGCGCAUGUCUUGAAACUGUGUUAUUUUUUGUUAAGUAACAGUAUAAGUAGGUAGGUACAUUUUGUAAAACAAGGAUCAUAUUAUCUUUAGAUGGUCAGUUCGCCUAAUAAUAAAAUGUGUAAAUGUGAAUAAUAUCAUUGUUGACUAUUUCCUCUUAUGAGUCUAGCUUUAUAAAUUUACCUGAAUCUUCCUUCUCAUAACUAUUACGUUUGUUCAGAAAUGACCGAAUGUUCUACUAAAUUUUAUGCGCAAAAAUGAGUGGUGUUUUGGAUUCUCAAAAAUUUAAAGAACACUUAAUAGUUAUUUACGUUAAACUCUAAUGAAGCGUCCACAUCUGUCGAAUUCUUGUAAAUCUCAUGAACUUCGCACGGGUGGUGUGUGUAUAAAUGCUAGCGCGCAGUUUACAAGAUGCUCGCGAGCGGUACAUUCGUCGGAUGUGGACGUACGUAGCCCAGAACUCACUCAUUUUUAAGCGGGCUGGAAAUGUUACGAAAUUGAAGGCGGAUACUAGAACGCGCUGAUAUCUGAUCCAUUGUGUUCAAGCUAAUCAUGAUUGGUACGAAAAUGUUUAGUUUUUCUUAGUUUGUUAUUCAGCACGAUGAAGAAAUUAUGUUCUUUAAUUCUUUCGUUUUUGGCUAAUGCGAAUUUAUCUACUAACAUUUACUGCACCUUUGAUUACACUUUUUAUUUAAAAUCACUUGAACAGGGCUCUGUUUCUCAUGUCUUAAAUAAUAUUAAUGUUAAAGUUUUUAGGAUCAUGGAUCUCGUAACUUCUUUAAAACUUUGUAGCAUUAGUCAAGAAUUUGGAAUUUUUAAACCAUUUUGGAGUUACAUUACAGUCUUGUGGCCAAUUAUGGCGUUCGUAUAAUUCCAUAAUAUGUAAUAGGUAAAUAGGACUUGAUUCAACCAAUUGUAAAGUCUCGUUUUUAUUAAUACUCAUGACUGAAUUUGCUGAUGGUGCGAUUGUCAUCAAAAUGUAUGUUUGUAUAAUACGAGUAAGCAUUGAUUCAGUCAGUUUCGUAAAAUGGAGAAAAUAUGAUAGAUAAUGCAUGCAUGUUGUGUCGAUGUACAUAUAUUUCCAUUGUAACUAUUUGAUUUUGAAUGUGACGAUUUAAAAACUGUUUGUUACUGUAAAUACCUACAUAAUUAUAUAAUUUGAUUUAGUCACGUACUAAUUCAAAUGAACUGAAA